AAGAUAACCAGUUACAGUAUUCCUCCCACGUACCUGGCAAUGGGGAGACUCGCUCUGGAAAUGCCCGUGCCCAGAUUGAAGCCAUCCCCUGUAAAAUCUGUGGGGACAAGUCUUCAGGAGUUCACUAUGGUGUUAUUACUUGCGAGGGAUGUAAGGGCUUCUUUAGGAGGAGCCAGUCUGGUCCUGUCAACUACCAGUGUCCAAGAAAUAAGAAUUGUGUUAUAGACCGGGUGAAUCGUAAUAGAUGCCAGUACUGCCGUCUACAGAAGUGCAUGGCUCUUGGAAUGUCUAGAGAUGCUGUCAAAUUUGGUCGCAUGUCCAAGAAGCAGCGAGAAAAAGUUGAAGAUGAGGCAAAUAUGGUCAAAGCAAGCCGACUGAAAGGAUUAAGCCAGGAGCAGUUUGGUGGUUAUGAAGCCAAUGGCUACAGUUUUUCACAACAGCAGCAGCAACAGCAGCAGCAUGAGUUCAUCACCGAGGGUCAGCUGUACUCACCCACCCCAAGCAUCCAGCCCACUCCUCAACCAGCUACUUUAAUGAGAGCUGUUGACAUGAAUCCUAUAAACUUGGGGAAAGCCAUCACAGAGGCCCAUCUGAGGACAUGCCUCUACAGCAAUGAACAGAUCAACUUGCUGAAACACCAGACACUACCUCAGGAUCGAGUCACCAUGUUCAAGAAUUUUUCUCAUCGACAGUUAUGGUCAGAGAUUGCAGACAAAGUCACUCUGGCUGUCCAACAGAUUAUUGAGUUUGCCAAGAUGAUUCCAGGAUUCAUGGAGCUCUCUCAGGAUGAUCAGAUUAUGUUGCUGAAGGCUGGAAGUUUUGAACUGGCCUUGAUGCAACUUUGCCGAGUGUUUGAUGCCGAGUCCAACCGUGUUGUCUUUGGAAACAUGUUUUUGCCAUUGGAGGCAUUUGCUCAUUUGACCGACGAAGAGUUCCACCUUAUGACGGCCAUAUUUGACUUUGUGAAAAAUAUUCAACUCCUUAACAUCACGGAAAGUGAGAUGGCCAUGUUGAGUGCUCUCAUUUUAAUUAGCUCUGAUCGACCAGGUGUGAAAGAAAUUGGGGAAAUUCAACAGCUUCACGAUCUGAUUCUCACAUCUCUCAAACAAGAAAUGAGUGUGAACCACACUGGGGACAAGCAUAUUCUCAAGAGGUUCGUGGAGCAGGCAGGGGUACUGCGAUCACUAAGUGCCAGGCAUAUUCGUGUCUUAAAUGCAUUUAAAGAAGAGGCACCAGAUAUUCAGUUUCCAGCACUUCACAAGGAGCUCUUCUCUGUAGAAACAGAAUCAGUUCCUCACAGCAUUCAGUAA